CAACUGUUUUGUUCCACAGACGCUUCCGUAGAAUACUAGGAAGUUGCUUCGGCGAUGUUGAGAGGCCAUUCACUCGUAUCAUCAUCAGUCUAUAAUUUAAUCCGUAUUGUGAAUUUCACCCGAGGUAGAGAUGGGGGACAUACGUCAGUCCUUGUUGCCUCGUGAUGUGCUGAGUGCCGCCAAGGAGCUGCUGUACCACUUGGACAUCUACAUCAGUAACCUGGUGCAAUCGGGUAGGCAGCCUCCCCAAGUAGACACGAAGACCUUGGAGCUGGUUGAGGAAUUCAUUCUGCAUGCACCAAAGGACAGAAGCGCACUGACCAGGAGAAUGAGUGCGCUUCAGGAGCUUCAGCUUCUGGAGAUAAUGUGCAGCUGUUUCCAGGAGCAGAGCCGUGAUACUGUUCGUCAGCUCAUGUUCUCCGCCCUCUUCAGCCUCCAAGGGAACCAGGCAGAUGACAGCCGCAUGGGACUGCUAGGCAAGCUGGUCUCCAUGGCAGUUGCUGUCGGCAGAGUUCCCAUCUUAGAAUGUGCCGCAUUCUGGCUGCAGAGGACCCAUCGCGCGUACUGUGUGCGCCUGGCACAGGUGCUGGUGGAUGACUACUGCAGUAUGAUGCCAGGUUCCGUGCCCACCCUACAGAAUAUCCACAGUGCCAGUCCACGCUUCUGCUGCCAGUUCAUCACUGCUGUUACCACCCUCUAUGACUUCACAUCAGAGGAGCUCAUUCCUCCUCUAGAGCUCCUCCAGAUGAUUGUGUCAUGGAUCCAAGAUGACCCCCGCAUCGUUCUGGUCACCUUCCUGAACACGCCCCUAUCUGGCAGCCAACCAGUCAGCUCACUUGAUCUUACACCUCUCGGUGGGCUGGUGCGCUGGUGCGUCAAAGCCCCGCUGGGAUACAGGAGGGACAAGAAGCAGGCGUCCGUACACUGCAGCUCGGAGAUUGAGCAGGAAGUGUCGGGCCUUUUCUCGGCACUCCAUCUGAGUGUCCUUCAGGUCUUUAUGCUCCUGCCAAACCUGCUCAAGGAGAAAGGCAUUUUCGGUCGCUUGGCGCUCCUGCAGAUGGACUCCUUGGCCUCUCUGACCUCUGACCUUUCUCGGCAAUUGGACCAGGCCGACAAACACACGCAAAUCUCCACCGCUGACAUACAUGUGCUCACGCAGCUGGCUCUGGACAGGCUGGCUCAGGCCCUGCAAGUCGCCAUGGCCAAUGGAGCUUUGCUCUGCUCCAGAGAGGACCUGAGAGCCAUCUGUUCACGCCUGCCACACAACAAGUAAGAAAACCAUUUGCGCCGCAUGUUUGUGUGCAACUCGACGUUUUCUUGACAAGCAGUGUAUCACAGUCCCGGAUUCACGUUCUUCCAAAUUUUGCAUCUCAACAACAAUUCUCCCGUGGACAAACACAAAUGUUGAAUGC